UACGCGUGAGCGCAGAGGUGGACCUCCGUCAGCGGCUGCGCGUCUCUCCCCUAUGAGUCCGCACAGGUAACAUACGACAUACAGUGCGUGUUCAGUCUCUGACCCGUUUUCCUGCUGUCCUAUCCUAUCUGCUGUGCGCUGUGGACACUGGACCCCCUCCCUCCCCUCUUCCAUACCGCGCGGAGCUCGACGCGCGCAGGCACAACAGAUGGUGCGGUUCUACGGGCUGCAGGAGCGCACCAGUUUGACGCAGAAGUACUUUCGUUCCUCUCAAAUUCCCAGGGACGUUUAGUGUAAUAGGAGUGAGGGGUGGGGGGCGGGGCGGGGGGGUCUCCGAGAGCCAACUCGACUUGGACAGUCACUGGAUUCUACGCUUACAGGCGGAAUUUGCUGCCAAGGUCAGGAGCGGCCAUGCCGUUUGGCUGUUUAACAAUCGGGGAAAAGAAGGAUUAUAACAAUCCUUCAGAGGUGACGGAUAAAUAUGACCUGGGUCAGAUUGUUAAAUCGGAGGAGUUCUGUGAGAUAUUCAGGGCCAAGGACAAAACUACAAUGAAAAUGUAUACCUGUAAAAAGUUCGUGAAAAAGGAUGGAAGGAAAGUCCGGAAGGCUGCCAAAAAUGAGAUCGUCAUCCUAAAGAUGGUGAAGCAUCCCAAUAUUCUCCAACUGGUGGACAUCUUUGAGACCAAAAAAGAGUACUUCCUCUUCCUUGAACUUGCAACAGGCAGAGAGGUAUUUGACUGGAUUCUGGACCAAGGCUACUACUCCGAGCGAGACACCAGCAACGUGGUGCGCCAGGUGUUGGAGGCCGUCGCCUACCUCCACUCACUGCAUAUUGUCCACAGAAACCUCAAGUUGGAGAACUUGGUUUACUACAAUCGCCUGAAGCACUCUAAAAUAGUCAUCAGCGACUUCCAUCUUGCCAAGCUGGAGAGCCGGCUAAUUAAAGACCCCUGUGGGACACCAGAGUACCUCGCUCCAGAGGUAGUGGGCCGACAGCGAUACGGCAGUCCUGUGGACUGCUGGGCAACCGGUGUCAUCAUGUACAUACUGCUAUCCGGCAACCCUCCUUUCUACGAUGAAACUGACGACGACGACUUUGAAAACCAUGACAAGAACUUGUUCCGAAAGAUCCUGGCUGGCGAUUAUGAGUUUGACUCUCCGUACUGGGAUGAAAUCUCAGAUUCAGCGAAGAGUCUGGUUGCUCGCCUGAUGGAGGUGGAUCAAGACCUGAGACUGACAGCCCAGGAGGCUAUAAACCAUGAGUGGAUCUCCGGCGGUGCGGCUUCAGAUAAGAACAUUAAGGAAAAUGUGUGCGCACAGAUAGAGAAGAACUUCGCUAGAGCAAAGUGGAAGAAAGCCGUGCGGGUCACCACCAUCAUGAAGCGACUGAGGGCCCCCGAGCCCAGCCCUGCAGCCGGCGCCCCAGCUGACGCUGCGGCUCCCCAGGGUGCCACCGCCUCCUCUGCGCCUUCAUCUGCCGCGACACCCGAGGAGGCGCCUGCCGCCGUCACAGAGCUCCCUGCUGGGGCGGAGACAAGCCAACCGGCACCGGAGGCCGAGGAGCCACGGCAACCGAGCCCUGCGCCGCAGGAGGCCGAGCCCACAACGCCCUGUAACGGCGAGGCUUUGGCUGCGCUCCAUGCAGCCGCCGAGGGCGACGAAGAGCAGGGUUAGAACCCCCCCCCCCCCCCCCCCCCCCUGCCCAACCCCGCCCACCCGAACUCCCCUGACCUCUGAUCUCCCUGCCGACUCCUCCUCACUGUACAUUAGCUGCUAGCAUGGUGACACAGACGCCGCUUCAUUAGCAUCAUCUCAUGGAGGCUGUGUGCUACCUGUCCCCAGUGCUGGGUUACUUUUACACGUCAUGUGUCUUUUUUUCACUGACCCUGCGGUGUUUUUGUGUCAGAUUAUUUAAAUCUUGUUCAUAUCCACACUCUUGAGUUUUAGGGGCAAACGCUGUGGCUUACAGCUAAAUAGUUCUUUCUUAAUCUUCUCUUAGAGAGGAGGACGAGAGUGUGCUGCAAACAGCUUUUAUUCAUUUUUAAUGAGCCAACUUGAGAAACUUCUUACAAUUACAGUAUUUGUCCUUUGAAUCAGUGGAAAAGUAUUGCUUCUGAAACGUUUCAUUGUUCUGUGAUACUGAGUUAAUGCUGGUCCUCGCAUGGAGAAGAUCACAUAGUCCUGUUCCAGGGCCAAUAUUGUGAUCUCUCUUAAUUGUUCUUGUCCACACCAACGAGUCAUUGCCCGUUAAAAAAUGCUUGAUUGGUGACUGGUAGUCAUUGGGUAUUUUGAACUAGGCAGCUUCACACACCUGCACACACAAAACACUAUGUUCCUUUGCUAGCUUCCUGCUUAGGAACGAACCUCAUAGCUGUAGGAGUAAACAUUAUGUACAUAGAGACCUUUGUAGAAGUAGCCAAAACCGCAUGCAUUCCUACUUUUUACUGUCUAUUUUACAUUCGCAAAUACUUGGUGGAUAAAGACGCUCCACCGCCAAACUUCUCAACGUCUUAUUGCACGCCGCAGAGCGCUCGCCGAGGCUGAUGUUCUUUUCAAAAGCACACGAUACAUUGUGCUAUCCAUCGCGACUGUUUUAGCACCCUUGCCGUCAAUGUUUGUUAUGUGAAGAAGAAAAAAAAGUCAGCAUUAUAUAUGAGCUCUAUGCAUUCAAUUAAUUAAUAAUUUGUAGCUUUUCUUUUUUAGCAUCUUUAUUCAUCACGUCACAAAAAAGUGAAUUUGUUGGAUAGAUUUCCCUUUAAACGUAUGUGCUUUGGUUUAAAUGCCCGUUCUGUAAGGAUAUGGACUCAAAAUGCCACAUAUGUCUUAAUAUUUUGUUGUAACCGUAAAUCAAAAAGUUCAUUAACUGAUGUGAUCAAAAGGAAGCCACACACUGUUUUGACCUUGUGGUGACGACGGCCAUCUUUGCUGACCUGUGUUGUACUUGUACACACAGAAUAAUGUGAAUUAAUUGUUUGAUAUUUCUGAACUUAUUGUUAAUUCAUAUAUAAUAUUUAUUACCAUCAUUUUUUCUUUCUUUCUGUUUUUGUAGUUUUUUUAACACUUCAGCCAUGUAGUUUUCUCCUUAUACUUGAUGAACACUAAUAACAAUCUCUCCUGUCCUUUGGUCCCCUUGAGCAUUAAUAGCGAGCAACAGAAAGAGAUCUCUGUAAUUAUUAGAAGAAAUUGAGCAAUAUUCGACUGGCUGCAGAAACUGUGAUUCCUGGUGUCCAUUCCAUCAAGUCCAUGUAAGUAGAAGUCUAUCAUCCUUGCCAGCUGUCCGGCCAAGGCAAUUUUAAAGGACAGUUCCAAGGCAAUUUUAAAGGACAGUUCCAAAUCAAACGCACAUAUUGUAGAUAUUGAUCUACUUGCACGUAGUGCUACUCAUUCUAGAUUUGCUUUGGUGUGAGUUGCCUAGUUUUACAGAUGUCUGCCCCGUUUUCACUUGGCUUGUGGUUCUCAAUGCCCCAAAAUAUACAUUUGAACUCAACUGGAUUUUUUUUUUUUCUCCAGAAAGUGUGAUCCGGCUAAUCAAGGUGAUCUACUGACCUUGUUGUGAGCAGUGUAAAUUGUCACUACAGGGAGAAGAAAAAUGUAUAUUUUGGAAGGAAGUACUCCUUCCCAAAUAUACAUUUUCCUAACUUGUCAAAUACUGAUGGGUGGUCAGUGCCCCCUGGGGUCCAAUAACAAGCGUUAAAUGUCUGUAAGGGUCCAACUUGGCCUAACCCAUCUGCCUCAUUGUUAAGACAGUCAGAGCAACUGACGUAUCAUUAGUAAGGACAAGGUUUGUUGAGGAAGGUAAGGUUGAACAUUUCAGUCCAAUAGACUUUCACCCAGGAGACUGCUAUUUGUGUCCCGUCAACAUAUGACAUUUGACAUAUGUUACCUUACAUCAUUUAAAAUAUUAGAAUUAACUUACGCUAUGUAGACCUAUAUAUGUUACAUAGCAUGUGUUCUUAUAUGAACCCAAACCACAACGUUUGACUUUGCCUAACCAAGUAAUUUUGUUGCCUAAUCAUAAGCAGGAUAUACUAGAAACAAAGUGAAGCUUUUAUUGGAAGUUUACCUUGACGUACAUAUGUAAAAGAUGGAAACUGACCACAUGUUUUCAUUUUGAAAAAAAAAAAAAACUACUGACGCGAUAGAAAGCUCAUAGGGCAAAUAAUCAAGCCUCGAUAGGACAAGUUUGGCCGGAAAUAUGUUGGAUUACCUGAAUCAAAGGUUUUCAUCCCCUGGUCACAUGAAUGCAUUACAAUGCACUGAUUACAUUCCAUAUCCAAAGUAUAAUAUGUCAUGGAUGGUGUACGGCCACUUUGUCUGACACCACCCAAUCCGCUCUCAACGGUGAACACCGGUGAAUUUAUAUGAAAAUGUGCAUUUUAGAUGAAACCAAGCUUUGGAAUAAACUUGAUAUUUAAAAAUUGACUUUAUCAUACAUGUAUCUACUUUGAAAUGUGCUUAGAAAAACGGAUCAUUCAGAAUAUACAACUAUUUGAUUUCUCACAUUGUUUAUUAUAUAUAUUUAGAUUCUAGUAGAGGCUUAAACUGAAGAAUAUCAGAUAUUUUUAAGUAGAUUAUUUCAUGUUGUCUGUUUUCUUUGUUUAGAUGGCAAAUAAAUACAGUUUGAACACUGUUGCACAGUUUAAAGCAAGGCUUUCCUCUCCCCACCCCCACAAUACAUCCCUCACUGUAUUUAGUAUUCCACGUCUGUUCAUUUCGCCAUGCACUCCCAGGUGUAUUUGUAGAUGUGAUGUUUGCAAGGACCAGUGGUCACCUGUAGGUCCUGUCCUGUGAGCUCUGUAAUGUACACCUUGACUUAGUUGAUGACUUUAAUGGUAAAAAAAUAAAAUUCUACUUCAUCUCUUUA